AUGGCCGACUCUCCGCCCAAGUACGUCUCGAUAGCCCCGCUGCUUAAGAAGCUGUCCGCUCCGCCUCCUCUGGACAACAACGUCAAGGCUGAAGACAUUGCGCUGGCCUUCUCCCGCACGUUCGACAACCAGUUGAACCCCACGCAGCUCGCCGCCCUGCUCACGCUCUUACAUUCGACGGGCAAAGAUCGACAUCCGGAUGUGAUUGCAAAAUGCGCACAAAGCAUGCGCGACGCCGCGGUGCAAGUGGAUAAACACAAGUUGAGAGAAGUCGUGCGAAAGAGGAAGCGUGAUGGUAUAGCCCUGGGCAGUUACAGGGGUGGACUGUGCGAUAUCGUGGGGACCGGUGGAGAUUCACACUCGACUUUCAAUAUCUCGACCACGGCGUCCAUCAUCGCGUCGCCAAUACUGUUAAUGGCGAAGCACGGGAAUAGGGCGCAGACCUCCAUGUCUGGAUCGGCAGAUGUGCUGAAUGCAAUUUUACCCAAAGCGCCCAAGAUAGAAGCGCUGAGUGCGGCGCUGUUGCCCGAGGCGUACGAGCAUACGAAUUACACAUUCCUUUAUGCCCCGAAUUUCCACCCCGGCAUGAAAUAUGCCGCAACCGUGCGAAGAGAACUUGGACUGAGGACAAUCUUCAAUUUGAUGGGGCCGCUUGCCAACCCUGUGGAGGCGCAUAUUGAAGCACGAGUAGUGGGUGUCGCCUAUCAAGAGCUGGGUCCCGUCUUUGCACAGGCGCUGCAAUUGUCUGGUGCGACCAAGGCGCUCGUGGUUUGCGGGCAGGAAGAUCUCGACGAGAUAAGUUGUGCGGGCAAAACGAAUUGCUGGUUGCUAAGAGAAUCCGAGAAUCCAGAUUACAGGGGCGAUCGGGAUGAAGAAGAGGAGGAUGACACCAGUGACGACGAGCCGCCACCCAAAUACAUUUCGAAGGUGGAGAGGUUCGAGCUUGAGCCCGCCGACUUUGGUUUACCUGCACACCCAUUGUCGCAGGUUGGCGGUGGAGGAUUGCCAAGGCAAAAUGCUGCUGUUUUGAUGAGCAUUCUGCGCAACGAACGACCUCCCGACGACCCGAUCCUGCACUUUGUGCUAAUGAAUAUUGCGGCAUUGUUGGUCGUGAGCGGUGUUUGUGAUGCUGAUUCCUGCGAAAGUGGCGAGGUCAUCACGGAGCGAGGGCCGGCGGGCGGAAGAUGGAAGGAAGGCGUCAAGAAGGCCAGAUGGUGCAUAGCAAGUGGAAGAGCCCUGAAAGAAUUCGAAAAGUUCAUAGAUUUCACCAACCGAGCAUAG